CUUGAAUCGAUUUGUCCGCGGCCAGUUUUAGGUGUUUUCCAGACGUCUCUCUGUCGUCGCCGUCGUCAUACUAUAAACGAACGGCAUAUUAUAGUAAUAGCUGGUGACGUUUUCGACUGAAAAAUGCUUUUUCUUUGGUCGAACAGAUGAACGUUAACACCGUCCUUUGAGCUUAACCACUGUCCGAGGAGCUUACGCCGUCCAAGAUAGCACGAUGCUUUUCCCUAGCACCGGAUUACUGAUCACUUUGGUCUUGCAAAUUGGUUUAUAUCGAUGUGGUCUGCCACCGCCAUCGAACGAAAUCACUCAAAAUUUUCUGUGGAAUACUGAUGCAGUAGAGUGGAGAAUCGGCGAAUGGGAACCGUGUACUAGGUCUGAAGACACCGGACUAAAUGACAACCAGGGUAUACGCCGCAGGAAGAUUACUUGUGUCAUGGUUAUACACGACGGAAUAAAACUUGAGGAACCAGUCAGAAUUGAAGACACUAGUUGCCAAAAUUUAUCUCCCGGAACGCCUCCCGUGGAAGUAUGUUCACUUGAACAAAACCAAGACUGUGUAGUCACUGAAUACUCAAACUGGACAAUCUGCUGUGGAGGAACACAACGUAGGACGAGAAGUGUAGUAAUUGAACAGCAAAACAAUGGUGCUAAAUGUCCGCCGCUUACCGAAUCGCGUGUCUGUGUACCAGAUGAACCAUCGUGUUCAAACUACUAUCCAUUUGGAUUAUAUCAACUGAAAGUAAAUCAAUGGCAACAAUGUGUUCCAUUUUCCGAACAUACCAUGGGUGAUAAUGAUGGCAUACUAAAUUCAGGCUCACAUUCAGAUACUUUUUAUAAACACUGGCCUCAAGUGGGCACACAAAAGCGAUCAAUGAGCUGUUUUGACGAGUCCGGCAUACUUGUUUCUCUCAGCUUUUGCGAGGAUAAACAGUUGCCUACCAAUACAAGGGCAUGUAUUAUAGCCCAAGAUUGCGUUGUAAGUGAUUGGACCGAUUGGGAGGUUACACAAGGUGGAUGCAUUAGCGCAGGUGGAAAAAUCCGAGCCGAAGAAGCAAUUAGAAAGCGUCAAAUUCUUCGUUUACAUGAAGGGCAAGGUUCACCAUGUCCUCAUCUUGUAGAAACAAGAACUACGAAAGAAAACUUACCACUAUGUUCUGAUAAAUAUAAAUGGCUAAUAUCAAGUUGGAGCAAAUGUUCACAACCUAUUUCUAAUUCAUCAGUUCAAUGUGGUGGCGGUCUUCAAUAUAGAAACAUCACUUGUAUUGAAUUUAUGACUGGUAAAUUUAUGGAUCCAUCAGUUUGUCGUAUUCUUGAUACACCACCAACAAUACAGAGAUGCGAAAUACCAUGCCCAAGAGAUUGUCAAGUUGGACCGUGGAGUAAAUGGGGCCCUUGUAAACCAUCAAAAUGUCCUUCUAAACAUGAAACUGAAUCACAAGAAGAACUUGAAAAUAUCGGAUAUAGAAAAAGAACCCGAAUUGCAAAUGUACCACCUAGUGAAUAUGGUGUACAAUGUCCCAGUCUUGAAGAGGUCCAACCUUGUCAAAAUCCUCAAUGCUAUGUCUGGGAUUACGGUCAAUGGGGAAGCUGCACCCUUGAUGAGCCUACUGAGAAAUGCGGUCCCGGGCAAAGGAGUAGACAAGUGUAUUGCACUGCACAUGAUAAGGAAGUAGUACAUAAUUCAUUGUGUUCUAAACUCAAACCGUCAGAAUCUGAACCAUGUUCCGUACCAUGCCCAGAAGAUUGCGUUGUAUCUGGGUGGUCAGAAUGGAGUGAAUGUUCUAUGGGGUGUUCUAUCGAAUCUGAUAUAGGCGUUAGAUAUAGAAAUCGUACUGUAAUUGGACCUCCUGGAAAAACUGGGCAUCCAUGUCCAUCCAAAGGUGACAUGGUACAGUUUGAAAAUUGUAACACGCACGGAUGCUAUGGAUUAAGCUGGUUAGUUUUACCAUGGACAGACUGUAAUGGAACAUGUAGCCAUGGAACACAAACAAGAGAUGUUUGGUGCAUGAAAGGAAAUGACAAAAAGGUCAAAGAUGAAAAUUGCAAGGAAUUACCGAAACCAAUCACCGUCAGAGAUUGUUCCAAAGAUUGUAAAAGUAAAAUAUGUGUUCUUUCUGAUUGGAGUGAUUGGUCAGAAUGUCCUCAAGAUUCGUGUAUUAAUGAACAAACGGAUUUAACUAAAUUCAAACGACAACGGAAUCGAGUUAUUCUUGGAGGUGAAUCUUGUGGUCCAAUACUCGAAGAGGAAUCAUGUCCAAUUCCAAAUAAAAUAUGUCCUACAUAUAGUUUAGUUUUCGGUUCUUGGUCUCACUGUGAACUAGCAGAAGGUGUUACUUGUGGCCAUGGUCUGAGAACUAGAGAUUUUCGGUGUAAAGAUAAUGACUCGCUUAUUUACGUUGAGCUGAAAAACUGUCUACAGUCUUUAAACGUAACACCAAGUAGUGUCGAGCGAUGUCAUGUGGAUUGCCAAACUCCAUGCCAGAUGACUGAAUGGUCCCAUUGGUCGUCAUGCCCUCAGCCAUGUUCUGGUUUACGAACCAGAACCCGAGAGCUCAUUGGAGAUUCUAUAUCACAUCCGGCUUGCAAAGGAGUGCGUCUUAUUGAAACAACGAAAUGUCCAUGCUCUGAAUAUUUCCCACAACCUACUUCCGAUUGGUCGUUUUGUUUAACGAAUGAAACUGACGGAUGUGGAGCUGGCACGCGAUAUAGAUCAUUGGGAUGUUACAACGUAAAUAAUCAUCUAGUCGAUCCAGCGUUGUGUGGUGGCAGUACAGGAAUUGAAGAAGAACCAUGUUUAGUACCGUGUUCGAUUGAUUGCCAAAUGUCUGAUUGGAACGAAUGGGGUGUAUGUAACAAGUUAUGUGGACCAGGCAUACAUCACCGUUCUAGAACUAUCGAACGACAUGCAGCAAAUGGUGGUAGACCCUGUGGUGAAACGGUACAAACAAAAGUUUGUAACACACCCUGUAACAGUUUCCAAUGGACUACCGAACCAUGGAGUCAAUGUAAAUUACCGGAUAAGGAUAAAUUAAAAGGCUGUGGUGAAGGAGAAAUGUUUAGAUUAGUGCGAUGUAUUCACAUAAAUACUGGAAUAGAGUUGUCAGAAGAAUACUGUGAUUGGACCACACGACCAGAUGGAGUAAACUUGUGUACAAUCGCGUGUCCUGGAGAUUGUGUAUUAAGUAGCUGGUCGGAUUGGUCAAUAUGCCCAAAAGAUUGCCUUCCAUCACAAGAACAACAACGGACCAGAUUGUUGCUUAGAAGUCAGAGUCCUACAGGAGCAAAUUGUCCAAUAGCCAUACAAACACAGCCGUGUCAUUUGAACUUCACAUGCUUUAAAUACUCAUGGAAAACAAUUACAAAUGUAUCAUGUCUGCCUUUAGGUGGUAGUCCGUGUGGUGAAGGUAUGACCGUCGGAGCAGUGUAUUGCGAAAGGAGCGAUGGUAGAACUGUUUUAGACCGGUUUUGUGACGAUCAGCCAAAACCAAGUCCGUUGGACAAAUGGUGCUAUAUCGAUUGCCCAGUCGAUUGCGCUCUUGAAGGCUGGUCACCGUGGAAUUCAAGUUGCUCUUGUAACGACACAGGAGUUUCACGCAGAGCAUAUACAGCUAUGAACCCGAGUGCAACGGGCAGACAAUGUCCUAUGACCAUCGAACAAUGGAAGCCUUGUCCAGCUGUACCGUGUUAUACUUGGUCGCUAGGACCAUGGUCCGCAUGCCAACUCCAUGGAGCCGCUUGCGGACAUGGAGUGACUACCAGGAACGUAACGUGCGUGAGGACCAAUGACGGAGAAACAGUAGAAUCUACUUUUUGUGGCUCUUUGGGUCAGCAAAAACCAUUGUCGUGGCAGAAUUGUUACGUAUCUUGUGGUCCUGGCUGUACCCUGUCCGAGUGGAGCCAGUGGUCACAUUGUCACGGGGAUUGCGAGAAGGAGACUAUUGGCUAUGAAACAAGAUCCCGUACUGUAAUAUCACAAUCGCCGGCUGGCACUACCGCUUGCACCGAUCCUCUGUGGGAGACCCGUGAUUGCCGCAUACCACCAUGCAUGACCUACGAUUGGGCAUUAACCCCAAAUGCCGAUGUCAUAUGCCGCAGAUCUGACGGACUUGUAGUUAUGGAAUCUUCUUGCAACCAAUCAGAAAAACCAAAAUCGAUGUGUAGUACUUUGCAAGGUAGCUAUAUAUGCACUAAAGACAUCUGUAUGCCAGAUGACAAAUUGCAAUGCGAUCAAAUGACCACUUGGGAGCAACUGAAACAUGACCCACGCGUCGUUGAAUACAUAUUUUGCUUUGGAUUUGUUAUAAAGAUGGUUAUUAUAAUUGGCGUGAUCCUCUAUUUUCUACGUCGUUCAAAGAAACAGAACGAGUGCAAAUACCACAAACAACCGGAUUUAGCGUAAAUGUUAAGCAACAUGGCAAGACCCAACAUAUUUACAUAUUAUCAACUAUAUAAAAUAAUACCACAUUUUUCAAAUUAUACAAUUUACUUACAAUUAAGAUAUCCCCCAUCAUUAGUUAGGUAUCGUAUAUUAUCUUUAACUAACAUAAUUUAAUGUUUGAAUGAUAAUAAUAAAUUAUUUGCUAAACUUUAGAUAUAACGGGUCAAAGAAUUUUUUUUUAUUUUUUUUUUUUUUUACUAUAUACUCGUAGGAUAUUAAUCAUAUUAUAUUACACGUAUUAAGUAUUAUGAGGAACUUGAAUGUUUUGUAGUUUCUUAGUAUUUUUCUUGAAAAUACAAAUCAAAUUUACAUACCUUAUCUAUACAUAUAUACAUACAUACAUAUAUAUAUAUAUAUAUAUAUGUAUACUUACUAUGGUUAUAAAAACUUGUUUAACUGUUUGUUUUAAUUCUUGUUCAUGUUUUUGAAUUUAUGUUUUUGUUAUAUGUUUUGUUAGCAUGUAUUAAUUUUUUUUAUCAUACACAUUUAUUACAUAAUACGUUGAAAAAUAAGUGAUCUAAAUUAUUCAUGACAUGUGCAUUUUAAUAAAUAUUUAUUUGUAUACAAGUUCAUCAAAAAAAUAUCCUUUAAUGAAUAUCAUUAAUUAAAAUAUAUUUUUUUUUUUUGUAUAGGUAAUAUUUUUUUUUAAAUAUAUAACUAACAUCAAGUUAUAGAUAUAAUCAUAGAUACUCGUAGAGACGUAGACAUAAAUUAAAAAUAUAAAAUUAAAGUAUAUUUAAUAAUUAAAGCCAAAAAUAUUCGUUAUAAUCAACAAAUAAGUAACUAUACUUUUUAAUAUUAGGAUUAAAUAUAAAUAUAAUUAAAAAUACCUUUGUUUAUAAAUUUAUAAAAAUAUGAGAGUUAUAAAAGAACAAAAAAUCGAUACGAAUACAGUAAAAAAAUUGUUUCUUAAUAGAAACUAGUAGAUAAAUACAUAAAUAAUUGAUCUUUAGUAAAAUAUUAUUUUCAUAUUAUUCACUUCAGAAAAUAAACCACCAUAGCGAUGAAUAAAAAUAAGUAAACAAUAAACAUCGAUCUAUCCAAAAUUAGAGCCAGAUAAUACCAUUGACUUUCUUUCAGUUGAGGAUGUUUUGAUCUAUCUUCAAUUGAUUCGUCUAAAAGCUUAUCUUCAUCAUCGUUCUAUAAUCAAAUGUAAAUCAUGUAGAAUUAAUUUCAAAAUAUUGUCAAACAUCAGUUAUUAAUCAUAAUUAAAAUAUGAAUUAUAUUAUAUUAUAUGUUAUAAAGAUGGAA